GGACGGUGUACGUUCUCCCAUUGUUUUCGAGAGCGAUACAUACAAUACUUGACAGGGUGUAUCGAAGUGCUCCUUAUCGGAAACUUGAUUCGUGAUCUUAAAGGCCACGAGUAUAGUGUCAGCGUGGAUAAGAGAGAAAUGACGAUUCGGGAAAAAAACUUGUGAUAGAUGCAAUAACUGCAUCGCUUUUGUAUCGCUAGAUAGAGGUUAUAUAUGCAAAACAUUUUUCGGAAGUACAUGCAUGAUAGCUCGUGGCUGCAGCAAAGUGAAAAGCGAAAUAAUGCCGCCGUCGUCGCAUACGAAUUGGACUAAACCCCUCCUAAAGAAUGGACAGAUGAUGCAACUGCAAGCAAAGCGUACAACUUGCUCGACACAGAAUCAGAAUUCGAAUGGUAGUAGCACGGAACACAGUGGUAUUCCACUUGACAGAAGAAUCAAAGUUGUUUUAGUAGGCGAUGGUGCCGUUGGGAAAACCAGUCUGGUUGUCUCUUAUUCAACAAACGGUUUCCCAGGAGAAUAUGUACCUACUGCUUUCGAUAAUUAUAAUGUGAUUGUUAAUGUCGAUGGUCAACCAGUAAAUGUUCAGCUAUGUGAUACAGCAGGUCAAGAUGACUUUGAUCCUCUAAGGUCAUUAUGUUAUCCAGAAACAGAUGUAUUCCUAGUCUGCUUCAGUGUUGUAUGCCCCUCUUCUUAUCAUAGUGUAACUUCUCGAUGGGUAAAUGAAGUACGAAAAUAUUGCCCUAAUGCACCAAUCAUUUUGGUAGGCACAAAGAGUGAUUUAAGAUCAGAUGUACAUCUUAUGUUACAAUUAGCAAGAUAUGGUCAAACACCAAUUACAAGUACACAGGGUCAUCAAUUAGCACAAAAAGUUGGAGCUGUAAGUUACGUGGAAACAUCUGCAUUAACUCAACAUGAUCUUAAAGAAGCAUUUGACCAAGCAAUAGUUAGUGCUCUUAACACAAGAAGAGGUGGUACUAGUUUAUUAUAUAGACGUAGGAAACCCUUACCAUUAUGGCGCAGAUGGUUAUGUUGUUGCAAAAGAUCUUCUAGUGGUGCAUAAAUAUUGAUUAAUUAGACUCUCUAGAGUAUUCUCUGUGAUCAAGUGCGACUACUUUGUUAUCAGAAUUUUUUAAUUUCUAUAUAUACCUCGGCAAUAUAAUUCUACGAUUUUACUUAAAAAAUAUGCAAACUUUCUAUGUGUUAUUGCCAAACUGAGAUUAAUAUUAGAUUAUUUUUCUAAAAUUUCAACAGACUGUACUUGAGUAAUAGUUUUUUGAAUUGGUUAACCCCUUGCCUUCCGAUUUAAGUUCCAACAGCGCAUGCCAUAAUCAUCGGCAGGAUCGGUCAGACGUCGAGCUAUCUUAUGGUCUGACUGAGCGUUCGAAGUUAUACAAGGUAUAACUAAUUUUAUGUUGCAAGAUAUUUGAUAAAUGAUUACUACCAAUUGAUCAUUGAACAAGAUUCAACUUAAAGGUAUCUCUCUAAUAUUUUUCAAGAAAAUAUAUCUGCACGUCCGAAUGCGGCCAAGAAAAAAACAUGUUCGACAAGUCUAACUCGUGUUUCUUAUGUUUGGCGCGAAAAACGUACCACAAGCCCAGCUCGACGUUGUAGGUUAAGGGGUUAAUAAUUCUAUAUAUACAUUCUAUUUUUUUCAUUAGUUAAAUCUUGUGUAUUUUCUAAAAUAUAUAAAACACAGUUUUCUAUUUUCUUGUACAAAUAUAAAAUUUAUAUUCUGAUAACUAAGCCGUACGCCAUUCAUAAAAUUCCUGAAGCCAGAUAUGGCAUAAUUUAUUAUAACAUUAAUCGUAUUUUUGUUACUAGCAAGUAAUUGGCUACUUGCCUAUUGUGAUUUUUCCUUUAUUGAUAGGAUCAUUAAUUUUAGAAUUUAAAAAAAAAUCAUUGCCGCGUUAUAUUAUUAUUAUUAUUAUAUAGUAUGCACUAUAUUUAACAUUUUAAACAGCUUUUCAUGCUGCAAGGAUUCUAUAAAAUAGGAAUCCUGAUACAGUUUUUCCAAAUAUCAACUCUUUACAUUCUUACAUUACAAUCAAACUAUGUUAUUUAUUAGAAAACAAUAUGUUAAUGAAUAUUAUAUAUUAUUCGAAAAUUUUUACUUGAAAUGAUAGAAUGUAAAGAGUUACAAAUUUCAUUUACAUCAUUAAUACAUCAUGAUACGUACGUCACAUUGAAACUGUAAUAUUACAUUGUUAUUAUGCAUAUAAAUCAAAUUAAUUAUUUAAAAACACAUUUUUAUUAUGAUAUAUAUACUUCGUAAACAAUUUAUCUAUUUACAAGCAAGUUCUUUCUAUAUAUGUGAAGCAUAAUACUGAACUAAUAUUCAAAACCUUCCUGUGAAAUAUUAAAAAAUAAUAUUGAACAUGUUAGUGAGCGCUGUGAUUAUAAAAUUUAAAUUUUGUCAAAUUCUAUCAUUUUUAUACAUAAAACAUAAGAAGGUACAAGACUGUUGAAAAGUCUUAAUCCACUUCUAAAUUAUAUCAUAAAUUAGUUGAAUUAAAUUUGAAGUAAAUUUAUGUUCAAUAAAUGCAAAUAUUAUCUAGAUUUUUCAAUUCUAAUCAUUACUUUUGAGAAACAGUAAAAUUAGAAUAAUAAAAGAAUUAAAAAGAGAGAAAGAAUAAAGACUAACCUAAAGGUAAAAGCAUAAUGUUUAUAUUUACAGUAUCGUCAUUUAUAAUUUGUAUAAAUAUUUCAGAAACUUCCCUAGUUGAGAGUUUCAACAUAUUUAAGUUUUGUAUCUUCUACUAAUUGUAGGGAGGAAAAGUAUUAAAACAUGAUUUUAUAAAUAUCUUUAAAUAAUAUGUGAGAAAAUAUUUAAAUUAAUUAUUGUUAGAAAAAUACUUUCAUAACGUUAUUUCUUUAAAAUUAAUAUAACAUUCUUACAAUCAAAUACUGUAAUGACAUCUUGAAUUUUUCUGCCUAUUGUGAUUUCUACUCUUUCUUCAGUUUUAAUAUUUUUAACGUUCAAAAUUGAACAUACCAUAAUUUUUGCUCAAAGUGAUGUAUUUUAAAAUAAUUUAUCUUAGGCAAGUAUAAAGGUGAACCUCCAGUUUUUUAUUUUAAACGACACUUAAUUUAUAUAUUUUACAAAUGAGUAAAUUUGAAACGCCUGUAACUAUAUAGUUUGACAAACUCUGUACACAAUAUUUUUAAAGCAUAUGGAACAUGGAACUAAUUGUCUUAAUUAAGUUUCAAGCUUUACUUAUGCUGCUUCUUACAGAAUCAAUGUUCCUGGAUCUUUGAUAUUAACGUUAUAAAUUGAAUAUAUGCUUUAAAUAAGAAGAAAAUAAUGUAUACAUACAAUUAAUGUCUGUAUGUAAAUAUAAUAUGCAUAUUAUCUUUUUA